AUGUCCAACUCGUACGCCGGUGGUACCAACUGCAUGCUUGAAGACACUCGAGAGGCAGCCCUUGUUACUCCUUCCCAGAUGUCGUCGUGUGGCAGUCUUGAUGCGUCACUUGCGGGCGUUCAUAGUCAUGCAGAGGACAAGUUCAGAUGGGCCGCGGUGGUUAUCACGGAAACCGAACGCAUCAUGCCAAUUACGCUGACGCAGUUCAUUCAACGAAGAGAGACACACCAGAAUGGGUUGGAUACACUGGCCAACGGUGCCGUACCCGACAUGUUCGCCUCCGACAAGGUCGUGCUGUAUAUCCCCACAACGCCAGCCGUACUCGCCUGGAUCAGCUCGGAUAUAGGCAAAACUGUUGUUGCGAGCUGUCGAUCCAUAUGGGUCGACGCAAUUCUGACACCGAGGUUCACGAAAGGGAAAGCAGGGGCGACCAAGCAGACGGACCCAAUGGAAGCCGUCAACCAGAUCAGCUUUCUGACAUGGGACCGCGAAACGGCGUGGGAGACUGUAGAGGAUCUUGAUGGCAGCCUCCUGGUACGCAGGGCCUGCGAGUCCGACGGCCCCAGAUGCAGCAGCGAAGUGUUUGGGCCACAUCGGGUGGUGCGGGCGCUGAGGAACGCUGGCUUCAGACGAGGCAGGUUCGUACUGACGGUGACGGACGCGUGUCAUGACGGGAUAUGGAGGCACGAACAGCGUCCGUGGACUGAAUCCGAGCCGGAUAGCAGAGCUGGCUUCCUGAAGCUCAUGACCCAAGUCGGGGAGCUGGACGUCGACGCAAUCGACUUCGCAAGCGUGCCCAGGGGCCCGUCUCGGAACGGGGAGUUGAGGGGAUGGGCGGAGGCGGCGACAAGCGAGCUGAGGGUCUCUCUCGUCCACGUCGCGGUGGCGAAGAUCGUUACGCUGACUCGAUGGGUUGCGACGAGACAUGAGUGCAUGCACACGGAGGACCGUCCAACGCUUGCCGACCUGGAAUCGGGGACUCGCGCCAGGCUGGACGACCUCCACACGAGGAUACAGGACAUGGAAGGCCAAGUGACGACGGUGGGAAGCAGACUGCGGCGGGCACGAGGAGCGUUACUGCGUAACGAAAGGAAAUACUGCCUCCUCAAAGAGCGGCGGCUGCCCCCGGGACGCAUCGACGUUGACAUACGGCACAUUCAUGGCCAGAAAGUGGCGCUGGAGAGCAUGCUGCCUGGACUGAAGCGUAUCCAGGAGUAUGAAUGCUGCCCGAUACUGGCGAAUGCUGCAGACACGAUUGCUGUCGCGGUGUGCGCUGCCUGCAGGCUGGCGGACGACAUUGCUGGCCUUUUCGAUGUGUACCGUGAUAUCGAGACGAGCGGUGUGAGCAUGGGAAAGAACGGCGGAGCGCAAGAGAUUGCUGAUCUCACUGGGAAGACGGUCAAUGUGUUCUAUCUCAAGGGGCUGGACGGUAGUCCAAAGCCGGGACCUGUAAGGCAGCUUCACCCACGGCGACGAGGGGCUCAGGGGAGCAAGGGAGAAAGCUGUGUGACCUGA